AUGCAUCUAUAUUCUGUUCAUAUCGCAUCCACCGGCUCUCGCGCGCUGCGCGUCCCGUCUAGUUUUCCACAACUGUUAUUUUCCUAACAUUUUUUUUCCAUGUGGAGUGUAAUCGUCAACGCUGUUUAACGGGGGGAAUCCAGCCCAUAUAUUUAUUGUAGCCGCUCUUGAAUAUUGUGCUCAAGAUGGCCGCCGAUGUGGGAUCGAUGUUUCAAUAUUGGAAGAAAUUUGAUCUCCGGCGGCUUCAGAGGGAGCUGAAUUCGGUGGCGGCACAGCUAGCAGGCCGACAGGAGGAGAGCGAGGACUCCCAUAAGCACCUGGUGGAGCUGAGCCGGGAAUUCAAGAAAAAUGUCCCAGAGGAGGUGUUGGAGAUGGUUUCCCCGGUCCUCAAGAGUUUCCAAGCUCAGGUGGUUGCGUUGAGCCAGCGCAGUAAGGAGGCGGAGUCUGCGUUCCUGGGAAUUUAUAAACAGCUGAUCGAGGCCCCAGAUCCAGCUCCGCUGCUGCAGGCCACACAGGAGCGUCUGGCAGAGCUUCAGCGUUCGGCUCCUGACGGUGACCCUCUGGUCACAGAAAUCUCGGAGCACUGGAGAAAACACCUGGAGUGCCUUGACAAAGCAGAACACACAGAGGAGGGGCCUGUAUCCGUGGAGACGGGGGAGGGGUCGUCACAGCUGCCCCACAUGAUGACCCCAAACAGCACACAGACCGUCCAGGAUGGAGACGCCCCGCUCCAGAAUCACCAGGACACACAGGAAGGGGAGGAAGAUGAAUCAGACGUCACGCUGCCUGUCAGUCUCGGCCAGGCUCAGGACCGGAUCAAAGCGCUUCAGUCAUCGCUCAACUCGGCCCGAACGAAGCUGCAGGAACUGAGGUGUAAAUACGACAAAGAAAUGGCGGGAAAAGUGGAGGAGAUGGGCGCGCUAUUGGUGAACCUGGAGAAGGCCAACCAGAGAGCGGAUCUGGCCCAGAGGGAGGUGGAGAAGCUGAAGGAGCAGCUCGCUGGCUCUUCUAAAGGGACCGGCCCAUCAGAAGACAGACCCAAGGAGGAGAGGAAGCGCGAGGAGCGAGACGAGACCUCGCUGUCCCGGCUGGAGGCGGUGCUGUUCUCCAAGGACCGAGAGAUCCUGCGACUGCUCGAGAGCGUCCAGAGACUCCAGUUCACCUUACAGGAAGUCCAGGACUCCUCGGCCAAUCAGAUCGCAGAGCUGGAGCGGCAGCUUUCCUAUAAGUCAGAAGCUAUAGAGACUCUGGAGGCCAAGCUGCAGUCUCAGAUGGAUUAUGAAGAGAUCAAGACCGAACUCAGCAUCCUGAAAGCCAUGAAACUGGCAUCAGCCAAUGGAAGCUCAUCCCAGGAAUCGGCCAAAAGCGCUGAGGCUCUGCUGCUGGACAAAGACGCCUUUCUGCCCUCUCACAAAUGUCUUGUGGAUAAAGUCCGAGUGUUACACAACAGCGACGAGGGUCACUCUGAGGACUCCAGUAAGGACGUGAGUCGCCCGGCAGGGUCCUAUUCCUCUCCUCCAGGAACACUGCCCAUAGAUGGACGCACUUCCUCCAGCCCGAGACCGCCCAAAACUGACACGCCUUCCUCCAUCCAUGAAAUGCCCCGCCCCUUCUCAGUGUCACCCUUCUCGGGCGAAAAGAUUCCCGGAGAUCAGCUCCUGCAGAAGCAGCUCCUGUCUCCGCUCUUCAAGAAAGACGGCAGCUCCAUCAUGGCGUUCCCCACCGCCCUCUACGCCGCCAAAGCGGCCCUCAUGUCAGCCAACCAGAACGCCUCAAUGCCCAUCGCAAUGGAGACAGGCAUGCCAAGCGACCAAUCGGAGAGCGGAAGCUCAGGGGGAGGAGACGACGAUCAGCUGGACACGGCAGAAAUCGCCUUCCAGGUCAAAGAGCAGCUGCUGAAACACAACAUCGGUCAGCGUGUGUUCGGACACUACGUGCUGGGCCUCUCGCAGGGCUCGGUCAGCGAGAUCCUGGCUCGCCCCAAACCCUGGAGGAAGCUCACCGUCAAGGGCAAAGAGCCUUUCAUCAAAAUGAAGCAGUUCCUGUCGGACGAGCAGAACAUCCUGGCGUUACGCACCAUCCAGGUUCGCCAGCGAGGGAGCAUCACUCCUCGCAUCCGGACUCCUGAAACUGGGUCAGAUGAUGCCAUCAAGAACAUUCUAGAGCAGGCCAAGAAGGAGAUCCAGUCACAAAGAGGAGAGUGUAAGUCGUCUCUGGGCUCCGCAUCAGGACGAAACAGCUCUGGAGGAAGCAGCAGUUCAGACGAAACCAUCAAGAGCAUACUGGAGCAGGCUCGUCGAGAGAUGCAGGCGCAGCAGCAGGCUCUGAUGGAGAUGGAGGUGUGCGGCCGGGCAUCCUCCGGCGAGCGUCUCGCCCUGCAGGACCCCGCCAAGCCUCAUCCGCCCCCCACACCGCCCUUCAUCAAACAGGAAGAGGGUGUGUCCAAUCACACCGGCAGCCCUCAGACGCCCCUGAGCAUCCUGUCCCCCGCCGCCUUCGUCCAAAACAUCAUCCGCCAGGUGAAGACGGAGAUUGGCGAGACCGGUGCGUAUUUCGACCAGCACUGGUCCACGGAGCGCGGUGCGGUCGUGAUGAUGGGCGGCACCGCUCGCCCCUUCACCUCCGUGUCUCCGUCGCUCUCCUCCUCCUCGUCCACGGGACAUGCGUCCAUGCCUCGUCCCUGGCCGCGGAUGGAGAACGGAGACUGUCCCGUGAACGGCGAGGAAGCGUCCGCCCCUGAGGACGAGCCUGUGUUGGGACGGCCGCAGGAGAUCAAGGUUGAGCCGGAUGCAUCGGUCAGCGGAGAAGCACGGGUGUCGUAUUACCCCACCUACAUCCCCCGAACCCUGAAGCCCACCGUCCCGCCGCUGACCCCGGAGCAGUACGAGCUGUACAUGUACCGCGAGGUGGACACCCUCGAACUCACCCGGCAGGUGAAGGAGAAGCUGGCCAAGAACGGGAUCUGCCAGAGGAUCUUCGGAGAGAAGGUGCUGGGGUUGUCUCAGGGCAGCGUGAGUGACAUGUUAUCCAGACCCAAACCCUGGAGUAAGCUCACUCAGAAGGGACGCGAGCCGUUCAUACGCAUGCAGCUCUGGCUGCUGGACCAGCUGGGUCACGCUCUCAUCCAGGGUCAGGGUCAAGAUAAGAGCCCCGUGACGAGCCGCUCGUCCCCGUCUCCUCCUCCGAGUCCUGAGGACGCUCACCCCAGCGUGACCCUGGAGCCCGUGAGUCUGGCGCUGGAGAGCAGUAAAGAGAACCAGCAGCCGCAGCACACCGAGCCCCACGGAGGGAAGAGCACGCUGGGCAUGAUGGUCCCGCAGCAGCCCCCCGCACCGCUGGGCAUCCAGGAGCUGGUGGCCAUGUCCCCGGAGCUGGACACCUACGCCAUCACCAAGAGAGUGAAGGAAGUGCUGACCGACAACAACUUAGGUCAGCGUCUGUUUGGAGAGAGCAUUCUGGGAUUGACUCAGGGUUCAGUGUCUGACCUGCUGUCCCGACCGAAGCCGUGGCACAAGCUCAGUCUGAAGGGACGCGAGCCGUUCGUCCGAAUGCAGCUGUGGCUCAACGACCCGCACAACGUCGACAAACUCCGAGACGUCAAGAAACUGGAGAAGAAAGCGUAUCUGAAGAGGCGAUACGGUCUGCUGAGUCCCGGCUCAGACAGCGAUUCCCCCGGCGCUCAUUCAGACUGCAUCAGUCCGGGUCUGAGCGCGCUGGAGCUCUGCCCCUUCAGCCAGGCCAAGAAACCCCGCGUGGUGCUGGCGGCCGAGGAGAAGGAGGCUCUGAGGAGGGCGUAUCUCCAGGAGCCGUACCCCUCUCAGCACACCAUCGAGAUGCUGGCCGCAAAACUCAACCUCAAAACCAACACCGUCAUCAACUGGUUCCACAACUACAGGUCCCGUAUGCGGCGAGAGGUCCUGAUGGAGGGUCUCCAAGACAAUGACACGGACGCCGAGCACAACAACUACUCCCCUGUAUCCGACCGCGAUGACAGGAAGCAGCCCUCGGUCGUCCGCAGCCGCCCUCUGAGCGCCGGCCCGCGCCGCUUCACCCUUAAACAGGAGGCCAGCGAGCCGGACGAGGAUGAGGAGCUCCGUCUGCGGCAGGCCAUGUGCUUCUCCGUCGGCGUCCAGUUCGCCCAGCUCAAGAGUGACCCGGAAACAGCCCUACACCGCUCGCUGGGCGUCAAAGACGCCGAACCGCCGAGGAACAGCCACGAGGGCGAGGAGCUGGAGAAGUCACCCGAGGAUCCCGUCAGCUUCAAGGCUUCAUCCGAACCGUCCCGGGGCAGCCUGGAGGUGUCGCUCAACUCACCCUCCGCCGCGUCCUCGCCCGGCCUCAUGAUGUCCGUGUCGCCUGUCCCGUCCUCUUCCGCCCCCAUCUCCCCGUCACCUCCCAAUCCGCCGGCUCCGAACCACCAUUACUCGCCCUCACUCAACCCCAAACUCAACAAAAGCACUCAGAGACGCAACGAGAAGAUGGCUAACCUCAACAACAUCAUCCAUCGCCUGGAGCGGGCCGCCAACCGCGAGGAGACGCUCGAGUGGGAGUUCUAGAGCCUCAGAUCUUUAUAAACACCUUUGAGCUAUUUUGAUAAAGUCACUUUGGAUUCUGCGUCACAGCACUAGCUGGUUUUGAGGAGUUAACGUAGCGGUGUCAUGAAAUGCACACUGACGUCUUGUAGAUUGCCACUGGGUGAGAUUAUGAAAUAAAAGACCUCUGUCUUAAGCCAUCAAAAAGCACUACUUAUUUAAAAAACAAAACGAGAGAGAGAGAGACAAUGACCAAAUUUGCUAAUUUUUGAAUAGCAGUUUUUCAACUUUUGUCUGUAAGACGGGACAGCGGAGUCAGGUGAUGCGCGACAGCUUCGCUCUGACCGAGGGAUAGUCCUAAAAGACUCUAAAUAGUGGACAUUGCAUAUGUAUUUAGUUUCUUGGUGACAUGUUUUGGAUCUUUUGUUAUACAAGCGUACAACGUGUGAUUGUGUGUGUUGUAGAAGUCGUCUGCAAUAGCCUUCUCUGAACAAGAUGUAGCAUGAACAUCAUUUACCCUCUGUUUCCUCUCUAGAUAGUAACCUGUGAUAUACUUGAGCGAUGCUAUAAAAAGAGAAAAAUGGCAAAAAACAAGAAAAAAGGAAAUGUAAAAAGUCGGUACGAUGGUAGAUGCAUUCUUGAUUUUUUUUUUUGAUACUUUGAAGUUUUACAUUCACAGUUUAAAAAAAUUGUUACUUUGUAUUUUUGUUGUUUUUCAGUACAAAUAUCUAAAUAUUUUUAAAUCAAGAUGUUUACUUGAGAAGCAAAAAGACACAAGUUUUUGCUUAAAACAAAUUUUUUUCUUAUCCCAUCAGCAGAUGUUUUUCUUGUUUUAAGCAUAAUUGUUUUUUUCUGUAAACAAGGCUUAAUAUCAUUAGAAUUGUAAACAAUUAAAAAAUUAAGUUAGAUUUUGCUUAAAAAAAUGUUAUCAGUGGGAUAAGAAAAUCUUGGUUUACCACUGAAAAAACUAAUUUGCAGAUUUAUUUUUGUUUGUUUUAAGCAUUAACACUUUAAUGAAAAUGAAUUCAUUGAAUCAGUCUUUUUUUACAGUAUAAAUAUCUAAUAAUAAUACUUAAAUUAAGAUUUUUAAAAAAUUAUAAAAUAAGUGAGUAUGCUUAAAAAAAGACAAAAUAUGACCGUGUUGUAAAAUUUUUUGUUUUUACUUUUUUCUUAACCCACCAACAGAUAUUGUAAGCAUAAACUCAAUAAAAAAAAGUUUUUCAGAAAAAAGGCCUUACAUAUUAAAUCGAUUCACAUUAAAAACAUGAAAAAAUAGCUUUGUUUUUUUUUUUUAAAACAAAACAAAAAACAAAUCUGUAAGUGGGCUAAGAAAAAUAAUAAGAAGAAAAAUAGUCUUGUAGUUUAUUUUUUUAAGUUUAAGUUUUCUCACUCCACUGACAGAUAAUUGUUAUUAUCUGACAUAAUAAUGUUAAAUAUAAAGUCACUUCAUUUGAAUUUUUUCAGUAGACAUCAUAUCACAAGUCAUUUUGCUUCUCAAAUGAAUGUGUCUUGAUUUAAGAAUUGUUUGAUAUUUUUUAAUGGAAAACAUUAAAAAUAGUGAGUCAUAAACUCAGUUUUUGUGACCCAUUCUUAAUAGUUGAUUCCAGCUGUACCUCAGUGUCCCGACGAGCUGGUCUCACACAAACACACUCGGGCCAGUGCACGUCCUGAGUCUUUCCCUGAAAGGUUUGGAUAUAAUGUAAGAUAAGUUUCAGUCGAGCUUCAAAGACCAGCGACUGGUGGACAGGGACGGGUUUUCACGGGGAAUGGUUAGCAUGCAUAUGUUUUAAACUGAUCAGUGAUGCAGUCUCGUUCCUCAUUUCCUCCCUCAUGAGAGCCGUGUGUCUCUGCAAACUUCCACCGACUGAAUGAAACAACAUCAAGUGGAGAAGACUGUAUGUUUAUCUACGGCGGUGGGACACUUUACUGUAUGUUCAGGUCAUUUUAUAAUUAUUAAAACACAUUUUAGCAGGGAGUCUAAAAUAAAUGCACUUAAAAUUGAAUUAUGACACACUGGAAAUCAGAUGAGAAUCUGUUUUCAGUGUGCUUUGUUUAUUUCGUAUCCCAUGAGCACUUGGUCUACUUUGCUGUAUGUAAGUGAUUUUGAUAUUUAUGUGCUCGUUUUACUGCAGGAGAUUUUAUUUCAUAUUAAAAGGCCAGAAACACACUCUAUGCAAGUAUGUUUUUCAGCUAGUUGACAUCUAUCUCUGAAAUGCGUCUUGAGGAAUGAGGCCUGUCUCUCUGACAAAACCAGACUUUGUAGACGGUAAGAAGUGAUUCUGCAUGUUCAGGUUUACUGACUGUUCUGGAGGACAGUCCCAUGAAAGUGAAGCUAGCACGAUUUUGUCAUUAGCAAAAUGCCUAAAUUCACUUAAAGUAGAAAUAGUGUUUCCUUCCCUGCAGGGAAAAAAGUGUCUUGUUAUUCAGUACAAAUAUCUAAAAAGUAUUAAAUCAAAAUAUAUUUGAUUAAGUUGAUGCUUAAAAUUAAGCGAGUGUAUGCUUGAAACAAGAAAAAAAACUUAUUCAAAAGGGAAAACAUCAUAUAUUAAUAUUUUUACUUGUUUUAAGCAUACAAUCACUUAAUUUUGAUUAAUGUUUCAGCAAACAAGACUUAAUAUCUUAGGUAUUUUUUAAGUAAAUAUAUCUUGAAUUAAGAAUGCCUAAAUAUUUGUACAGCUGGAAAAAAAAUAGUGGUGUUUAUAUCAGUGAUUCUCACUCUUUUUAACACCAAGGCCUCUCUCUGUCCAAUACAAUUGUUACAUUUCCCCAAAUAUAAGAUGUUUCCUCUUGUGUAUUCAUUGUUUUUACUCUUGUACCAUUUAAUCAGACAUGAUAUUAGGGUUGCUAGUUAUAAAUGACCAACUUGAAUUAAUCUUAGCUAAACUUAGUUGAAUUAAUUUGCUGAUUUAGCAUCAGUGGAUUGCGUUCAGACACUUUUCUCUUGUGUCGAUGGAAACACACACUUGCGUAGAGUCUGUUUCAGGUCCAACACUGAAUUACACUAAAAUGAGAAGCAGAUGUUCGUUCGCAAACGCAAUAGAAAUCCGAAAGCAAAACAAACACUGUUUUUCUUGAACAGAACGGACUGUUUGUGUUGUGCAACUCUCUCACGAAGCUGAAAAGAUGUGUUCGAUCAGUCCAGAUGUGUUUUUGCUGCUGUCGAUCGAUUAAAAUGACGUUUUGCAGGUCCUCAAUACCACACCAGAAAAAUACAUGCAGCACUUAGAAACCCCUGAAUUCUUCUGCGUUUGUCUUUGCCUUCGUCUCAUCGAGGUUGUUAGGAAACACUUGCACAUGAGGAUCGGAUCUUAAAACAUACUGUAUGUAAAUAUCUAAAUAAAUAUUACACAUUUACUGAAAGGGAUAUAUCUUAGGUCCUUGACACUAGCGUGCUGAUGAUAUUUAAUAGAGUGUACAGUUAUAUUAACCAAACACAUAGAGCCAGAGGUGGUCUGGCAAGCUUGCCCAUGUUCUAGAAACUUCUCUCAGGGUAGACUUGCUUCUCUAAGCUUUACAAAACCUGUCAGGUCACAGCACUGGUCAGCGUUUACUGUUCCUAACCGCCGUUUGCUUUUCUUUCAGUGUUCUCGACGAAGUGUAAAUCUCUCGGAUCGUGCGAUUUGUAUAUGUGAUCAACUGGAAAUAAGAAUCUCAUGUACUAGAAUUCAUACUCUUAAUAAUUAAUAAGCAACAAAAGGUCCAGAAUAUCUGAAGGCAUCUCAUCUGAACGCAUGGGACUGACGCCAUCAGAAACCUUUACUGCUGAUUCAAAUGAAACAACGACUGCUACUUGUUUUUUUAUCUCCCAUGUAAUAAAUAUCUCUGAUGACAACAGAUUUUUAGCCAUUCUAAACUGCUUUUGUUUACUUAAUGCAUUUUUGUUAACACUGGAAUCUUAUGUUGUUGUUUUUUUUUUUUUUUGAGGACCGAGAAUGUUUGUGUUUCUUGUAUUUUUGUUUAAGAAAUCAGCACUUACAGGACUGUUGGAAGUGUCUUAUUGACAUCUGUUAGAAUGAAAAACUCAUUUUAAAAACUAAAAAUAUUUUUUGCUGUUUCCCACCCGUCACCAAAUUAUUUUUCCAAAUUACAAAACAACAACAACUACAAUAAAUAAUUGUUUUAUUUACAUGUUUUUUUUUUUGGAAUUUUGUUGUGCAUUUUUGGCAUUUUAGUUUUUUUUUUUUUUCGCCUGUAAAGGUGUUUAUUUUAGUUUAUUUUAGUACAUCAAGUUUAAAUCGAUUAAAUAAAGUUGCUUCCUUUGCAAUGAGAUUUUUUUUUUUAGAAGUUUUUUUUUUAGUUAAUUUUUUCAAAUAAUGAAUGCAUUAAGUUUUAGUUUAACUUCAAUAGCCCUCGUCCCAGAACACGUCAUAUAAAAUAAACACAACAUAAAAUGUUUGACCUCCUGAAGAUAAUUACCUACAUUUUGUAAAGGUGAAGCGUCUCCUUUCACAAACCACUUGCUGAAAAGGAAAAUAGCUUGAUUUUGUCAAGCAUUUCAGGCUGUUUUGUACCUUAUUUGUGGAAAGUUGCAUUAAAUUAGAGGUCAUAAGUAACUCGGCCAAAACAAGAUUACUUUAAUUUCUCUGGUGCUUGAGUGUGUUUGUAUUUGAAUUAUCCCAGAGUCCUCAGAAACACUGGCUUAUUGUUUAUUCGAAUAUUAGUAAUUAAACAGCCUCACUGAAGAAUUAAAAAACUGUCAGACUUGAAAACAUAAUUGUCGGUUAUGCUUAUGAUUAAGUGUGUGUGUUUGUGUUUGGAGUGUGUGUAAAUGAGGCUCUGUGAUGAUUACAAGAUUGAAAUCUCAAAUGAGCAGGAGGCAAAACUCUUUGGUUGUUCCUCUUAUGCGCUGAAAGUCUGGCUAGGUAAUAGUCAUUUUUUUCCUCAUUCCAAUUUCCUGUAACGUUCUGGUGUGUUUGCACACACUUCCCAUGACCUUGUGGCAGAGCACUUAAAGCUUUGGUUGUUAAAGAGAGGACAAAUAAAUGUCAAAUGUCAUGUGUCUUUUAAUCACAUACAGUAUGUAUUGAGUCAUUAUUGAAUACAGUACAUCGCUGUAUAAACUUA